UCUCAAAGAUUAAAAAAGAAGGGACUAGGGUUUUGUUUUGUCUUGGAAGCUCUGGUUUAUGUUACAUCGUCUCGUCGAGGAGUGAAGAAAAGGGAAAAAAUAAUGAGAAAGUCGUUCAAGGAUUCACUCAAAGCUCUCGAAGCUGAUAUCCAGUUCGCCAACACCCUGGCAUCUGAGUAUCCAGAGGAGAAUGAUGGCGGGUUCGUCCAGAUGAGACUGUCAUACAGCCCCGCGGCUCACCUCUUUCUCUUCCUUGUUCAGUGGACUGAUUGUCAUUUCGCUGCCUCUUUGGGUUUGCUUAGGAUCCUUAUUUAUAAGGCAUAUGUUGAUGGGAAGACCACAAUGUCGCUUCAUGAACGGAAAGCUAGUAUCAAAGAGUUCUACGAUGUGUUGUUUCCUUCGCUAUUGCAACUUCACGGAGGGAUAAACGAUGUAGAAGAAAGGAAACAAAAGGAGAUAUGCGACAAAAGAUACCGGAGAACAGAGAAAGGAAAGAUGUCGGAGGUGGAUUUGGAGAGGGAGGAAGAGUGUGGCAUUUGCUUGGAGAUUCGCAAUAAAGUUGUUCUUCCUACUUGCAAUCACUCCAUGUGUAUAAAUUGCUACCGAGACUGGCGUUUGAGGUCACAGUCGUGCCCGUUCUGUAGAGGGAGCUUAAAAAGAGUGAAUUCUGGUGAUCUAUGGGUUUACACUUCGAGCAGAGAGAUUGUGGAGUUGCCGGAGAUAUACAAGGAGAAUGUGAAGAGGUUGUUAAUGUACAUUGACAAACUGCCUCUCGUUGCUCGUGACCACCCAACUCUUGUUCCUUACUCUCCUGUUCCUCGCUGAACAUCCUGCCUCUCUCUCUCUCUCUCUCUUUAAUUAGCUUAUCUCAUCUUCUUCUGCGCAUAUGCAUUUCUAAUCUCUAUAUUUUUUGUAAAUAAAAAUUUAUGUUUCUUUGGGGUGGGGGGGGUUCUGCAGUCUCUGAUUUGAAUUUGACAAUUUGUUAUUUGUAUUAUGACAACCUCCUCCUGUUAUUUAAAUCAGAUAUGAAAAAAUGGC